CUCCCAGGCUUGCACUUGUUUCUCGCCAGCCUGGGAACGGGCAGACCUUUGCCACCUGCGCAGCUGCUGCUGUCCCGCCCUGGCCCAGCUCAGCGGAGCCCGGGCAGGACUUUAACCCCAGCCGCUGAAACCACUGGGACCCAUGUCCCCAGGAAGGCCAUGCCAGGGGGUGGGCUGGCCAGGGCUCUUCUGGGCUGCAGCUGCCGCCCCCGUGCCAGGGCAGGGGGGCGCCCACGGUCCAUGCCCCUGCUUCCCCCGCUGAGCCCGGCUGCUGCCCUCUUGCUUUGCAGGGCCCUGCGGCAGCAGGCAAGCCAGCCUCCCAGGAUGGCGGAGAACGGGCUGGCCCCGAGGGAGAAGGUGCUGACCCUGGAGUCCAUGAACCCCUCCAUCAAGAAGGUGGAGUAUGCCGUGCGGGGGCCCAUCGUCACCCGGGCCGUCCAGCUGGAGAAGGAGCUGCAGCAGGGGGUGAAGAAACCUUUCACGGAAGUGAUCAGAGCCAACAUUGGGGACGCCCAUGCCAUGGGGCAAAAGCCCAUCACCUUCUUCCGCCAGGUCUCCGCUCUCUGCAUGUACCCUGAGCUCUUGAAGGACCCGAAUCUGCCUACGGAUGCCAAGCAGAAAGCUCGGAGGCUGCUGGCCGCGUGUGGGGGGCAAAGCAUUGGUGCCUACAGUGCCAGCCCUGGCAUCGAGCUCAUCCGCCAAGAUGUGGCCAACUUCAUCACGCACCGGGACGGGGGCAUCCCCACCAGCCUGGACAACAUCUUCCUCUCCACAGGCGCCAGCGACGCCAUCAUGACGAUCCUGAAGCUGCUGGUGUCCGGGGAGGGGAGCUCCCGCACGGGGGUGAUGAUCCCCAUCCCGCAGUACCCCCUCUACUCAGCUGGGCUGGCGGAGCUCAGCGCGGUGCAGAUUAACUACUACCUGGACGAGGAGAAGCGCUGGGCGCUGGACGUGGGGGAGCUGCGGAGGGCACUGCACCAAGCCCGGAAGCACUGCCAGCCCCGCGCCUUGUGCAUCAUCAACCCGGGCAACCCAACGGGUCAGGUCCAGAGCCGCCAGUGCAUUGAAGACGUCAUCCGCUUUGCCUGGGAGGAGCACCUCUUCCUCCUGGCUGAUGAGGUGUACCAGGACAACGUGUAUGCAGAGGGCUCCCAGUUCCACUCCUUCAAGAAGGUCCUCUUCGAGAUGGGGCCCAAGUACUCGGAGAGCCUGGAGCUGGCCUCCUUCCACUCCAUUUCCAAGGGCUUCAUGGGCGAGUGUGGUUUCCGGGGCGGCUACAUGGAGGUGAUCAACAUGGACCCAGCAGUCCAGCAGCAGCUGACCAAGCUGGUCUCGGUGCGUCUGUGUCCGCCAGUGACUGGGCAGGUCCUCCUUGACGUGGUGGUGAACCGGCCUCAGCCGGGAGAGCCUUCCUACGACCAGUUCUGCCAGGAAAAGCAGGAAGUGCUGAGCGCCCUGGCCAAGAAGGCCCGGCUCACUGAGGAGACUUUCAAUCAAUCCCCCGGGAUCCGCUGCAAUCCCGUGCAGGGGGCCAUGUACGCCUUCCCACGCAUUCAGCUGCCGCCUCGGGCUGUUCAAGAAGCACAGGCUCAAGGCCAGGCCCCAGACAUGUUUUUCUGCCUCAGGCUGCUCGAGGAGACGGGCAUCUGUGUCAUUCCGGGGAGUGGCUUUGGGCAGAAGGAGGGCACCUUCCACUUCAGAAUGACCAUCUUGCCACCCCUGGAGAAGCUGCAGAUCCUUGUGCAGAAGCUGAGCCAGUUCCAUGCCAAAUUCACCCAGGAAUAUUCCUAACUCCAGCACUAGGGGGCGGCAGAGGGCAGGGAGAGACCACCCAGAAGCGGGAGGGGUGGGGGCCCAGCAGCCAUGGGGAGGGCUCUCUCCUGCUUUGCCUUCCAGCCACCUUUCCUCAUGCCCCCCUCUUCAUGUCUCACCACCAUGACACUCUGCAAGCUCUCCUCCCCACCUCCAACAAAGCAAAGGCCCUGGGGGGCAUCUGCCCAGUGGCUGGACUCGCUGCUACCCAGAAGGGACUGCCUGGGAUGUGGAGUGGCUCCAUCCGACUGGCUGGCUGGCUGGAGGGGACCCUGCCCCCACCCCGACCUCUGCCUCCCUCCGGGGCCCCGUCUCAUCGGCUGCUCUCACUGUCCAGGCCUCGGCACCUUGAGUCCCUGGUGCCUGCCGAACUCCUCGGCCUGGACUACGGGGGCCCAUGCUGGGCUUUGAGCUGCUUGACCUGGCCUGGGUUCCUCUGUCCCCGCCCUGCCGACUGUGCCUUAUGCCCUCAGAUUCCAGGGGACAGAAGUGCCUCCUUAGCUGCCCCUCCCUCCAGCUUGUCUGUUCUCCUGAUGGCCACUGUGGGAGGGGGUGGGAAGCAGAGCGUGUGUCCCCGAAGAGAGGAGUCUUGGCUUCCCACACACCUGGGAGCAGAUCAGCAGCAGCAGCAGCAGCAGCAGCAGCAUUUGAGGGGUCCUUGCACCAGAGUCUUCUCCAAACAAGGAUGGGGUGGCCUCUCCGGUAGACCUGGCAAAACGGCUCCCUCUCGCUUGUGUGCGUGGAGGGAGAGGAGAAGAGCAAUAAAAGCCACUUGAUGAACCAGUCAGAAGAGGAGGAAUCUAAUCCCUGUGGGUUCGUAGGCACUGCAACCAGUCCUGUGCCUGUCUGUGCCAUGAUGCCAACUGGACGAUAUUAGACCGGCGAUAUUAGAUCCUUGCACAUUCCUUGUUCCACUACUCAGGAUAGGCUAUUUAGCUGAGUUUUGGCCUGCUGGUGGUCAGGGAGGGAGUCACCCAUUCUAUCCUAGGGCCGGAGAGCUGGUCUAGUGGGAGUGAGUGUGAAUUGCCCCCUUUGCUAAGCAGGGUCUGCCCUGGUUUGCAUUUGGAUGGGUGAUUACUGUACAUGUGAUUGCUGCCUACUGUAAGAUUCUCCCCUUAGGGGAUGGGGCCACAGCUUAGUGGUAAAGCAUCUGUCUGGCAUGCAGAAGGUCCCAAGUAGGGAUGGGAGUGAUUCCUGCCUGCAGCCUUGGACAGCCACUGCCAGUCUGUGUAGACCCUAUGAGCUAGAUACUGGACCAAGGGUCUGACUCGGUAUGAGGUGGCUUCCUGUGUCCCUAUGAUGUUGGAGACAACCUACUUGCUAUGGGCAGGAGAGAGACAGAGAGUCCUUCAUGGACCCCAACAUUCUUUGGGAAGGACAUCCAAUGCUCAUGAUGGCUAAUCUGCCAAUAGAGGCCCAGGUGAAUGGCUGAACCUCCUCAGGUGGCUUUGGUCAUUGGCCCAGGUGCUCUUGGGACUUCUCCUCCACUCCUUCACCAGCAGAGGGUGCUCUGGUGCUUUUCAAGGAAGUAAAAUAAUGGUAAAGUGUGCUGUCAAGUCGAUUUUGACUCCUGGCGCCCACAGAGCCCUGUGAGGUUUUUUGGUAGAAUACAGGGGGGUUGACCAUUGCCUCCUCCUGUGCAGUAUGAGAUGAUGCCUUUCAGCAUCUUCCUAUAUCGCUGCUGCCCGAUAUAGUACCAGCAGGGAUUUGAACUGGCAACGUUCUGCUUGUUAGUCAAGCAUUUCCCUGCUGUACUACUUAAGGUGACUUUGCAAGGAAGUCGGUUAGAGCAAAUGUACACUUCCCAUUUAAACGGGAGUUGAGGAGUCCUGAAGGAUGCUGCUGCUAGAUUCCGUUCAUAACUGCAAGGGGCAAAACGAGGUGCCAGCAGCUUAUACCCGCUUCUGUUUCUGGUGCAAUGUGGAGACUUGUGGGGAUCUCCUCAUGGGGCUGGCUGAUCAUGCUCCCCCCUUGCUCAGAUUCCACCUUCCCUGAGUGGUCAUGGAAAUUUUAUGUCAGCUCCUAUUGGCUUGGUUCCUUUGGAGGAGGCAAGCUGAAGGCUAUUUUGCAAUGAUCUGUUGACUUAGAAAUAAAGAGGUCACAUGGUCAGCAGUGAGGCGAGGUGGGGUGCAGAUGCAAGCACACAGGUAAAUACUGUUAGUUGCAAUGCUUUCCAUGCAUCCACACACUUGCCAAGCAACCUUGGUCUCUCCCAAUUUCUGGCAGGUGGGUGGGUGCAACUCAUAUCCCCAAUCAGGAGCAGCUUGUCCUAAUGAGCUGGGAAGGGGAGGGGGCGCCAAAGGAGGGAUAGCUGCUUCUCCUUCUAGGAGCUCAAUUUGCUCCUCUCUGCCCCAGCCCCAGUGUUGAUGGAAGCCAUGCUGCCUGCAGGCUGGCCAUUCAUCAGGUUGAGCUGUGUGGCUCCGAGAAGGAGAGGCAGCUGUGCCUCCUUUGCCCACCCCCCAUCCCUGCUUGUUAGGACAAGCUGCUCCUCCUGUUGCCAAUAGGUGGAAAGCAAACAGCCCAUGGAUGUCCACCAGUGACCAGACCCCAGUAAAGGGGGCAAGGAGAAAAGGAAAGAGAGUAAGUCCUUUUGUCUACGGGGUUUGCUUCUGGGACAAGAUUACUGAAAUGGCCUGGAAGUGCAGCCUAUCCUGCAAAGACAAUGGAAAUACUUGGUAGUCAAAAAUGGUGAAAGACUGCAUGGUUAAUUAUUUACAAACUCACAAAAUGUUUCUUAUCUCAAGCCAAGUGUUCCUCUGUAUGGGGCACUGCAAACUGUAUCCCACUAACAAUACCAGGACCCAUAAUGUUGUUUACUCUGAUUAAAUCUCCUGUUCAUAAUCUC